AAUUAUUAUUAAAAAUAUACUUAUUUAUUUAUCUAAUAAUGCAAAUAACUAAUCUCUUUUUCUACCAUGAAUGCCAUAAUAGCGCUCUGCAAUUUUUGCGAAGUGCAUGGACCAAGUGUGAUAUUUUGCACACAAAUUACUCAUGACACAGCUGAUAUACCAGUUAAUCCAAAAGAAGAUGUGGCUUGCAAGUCCUGUCUGUCUCUGGGGCCCUAUGUGGCCAUGCUAUCGAAGGAUGAUAAGGAACAAAUUUAUAUUAGCACACAAAAUGCCAUUAUCGAAGAGAAUGCUACUUUGUUGAAACAUGCUUGUGUUAGGAGCUUGAGCUGUGAGGUAAGCCCAGAUAAAGAUGGUGGUUUAAUUUAUUUUGGUGAUUCUACUAAUGGCCAUGUUCUCAGCUUCACGUUUCAACUGGCUGAUGCUUAUUCAAGAGGUUUUCGGAGAUGGUUUUCUUUAAUAGUAUUGAUGAAAGAUCGUAUGUUUUUACUAAAUCUCAGUCCUUUUCUAUCAGAGCAUCUGAAGACAAUAUCAAAAGACUUACAAGAAAAGGCAAAAGCCGUAUUCGAUGAGGAAAAAUCUCAAACUGCUCCAAAACCCCAAACAUCAAGAUCAGCAGCUCUACAAAUAAAAUCUCUUCCCGAAAUGACAAACAAACCUCAUAUUUUUGCACAUCUCCAUGCAUAUUUUACAUGGUUAAUAAAAACUGGUGGAAGUUAUUAUGAAGAGGUACCACUUAGAAUAAUACCAGAACCAAAAUCAUUUGCAGACAUCGAAGGAGAAUUUACUAUAGUGAAUUUGAAACCACAAGACCAAAAGUUGAAUGAAAAUAUAACACCUAUCAAAAUGGGUCUGCGUGAUGUAAAAAAUAUACUCAGCACAAAUGCUUUUAACAGUUUAAUUUAUUGUGUAUUGACUGGUAGACAAAUAAUAAUUCGGGGAACAAGUGAGACAGCUCUACCAAUUUUAAACAGUCUGCGUGUACUGUUUCCUUCUGCUCACAGACCCCCAAAAGUUACUUUGAGUGACAUUUAUUUAUCGCCAAAAUUAUCACCCUUGCUGGGUAUAGGAAUUCAAGUUGCAGCACCUCAACCAUGUAAUAGCAUUUUUAGAAUUGAUGUAGUUGAUAAUAAUUAUUUGGUGAAAUGGACAGGAGAAUUGCCAGAAAAAUAUCCUGGUCUGCAUAUGAAAAUAAAUACUGCUGUGGAGAAUCCACGGUUAUCAGAUAAAGCUUUGCUGAGGCAAAUUAUUGCUCUGGUAGAGGAUUAUCAAAACACAGCAAUGGCAAUAAAAGCAGGUUUACUCGUAAACUCAGCCGAAGAACUUAAACCACUGUACAAUGUUUUAGGCAUUCAAACAACAGACAAACCUGUAAUUGACUUUUGGGUUGAGCGAUAUGUAAUAGAAAAAUAA